AUGUCGAAUUCACCAAAACGUUUAGAAAUACGUUUAAAAGAACGUGAAGAUGAAUAUAUUUGUUAUAAACAAUUUUCUGUACUUGUUGGAACAUUUAAUGUUAAUAAUCGACAAGCACCAACAAAUAUUUUACUUGAACAAUGGUUAUAUCAAGUAACAGAUAAUGACGAAGAAACGAAAGAAAAAUAUAUUCCAGAUAUAAUUGCUGUUGGUUUUCAAGAAAUUGAUACAAGUGGUGGUGCAUAUAUAUAUGAUGAUAAGAAAAAAGAAGAUGAAUGGGAACAUUUAGUACAAAAAACAAUAAAAUCUUGUUAUGGAACAAAUAAUAAAGAAAAUAUUAAAUAUGAAUUACUUAAUCGUGUUAGAUUGAUAGGUAUCUUAUUAUUUGUUUAUGUACGUUCAACUCAUGUACCGAAAUGUACAUUGAUAUCUCGUGCGUCAGUUCCAACUGGUUUUAUGGGUCUUGCUGGUAAUAAAGGUGGUGUUGGUAUUCGUUUUCGUUUUUAUGAAACGGAUAUAUGUUUUGUUAAUUCACAUUUUGCAUCUGGAGAUGGACAAACAAAUCGACGUAAUGAUGAUUAUCAGAAAAUUGAAUCAGGUAUGGCUUUUACUGAUGGGCCGACUUAUUCAUUUAAAGAUUACAUUUGGUAUACACCAACAACAGCUGUUAGUAGUGCUCCAAAUCCAGCUACUUCUAAUCAAUGGUGGAAAAUAAGUGAUCAUGAUAUAAUAUUUUGGUGUGGUGAUAUGAAUUAUCGUAUAUCUCAACCUAAUGAACAAGUUCGUAAAGCUAUAAAUGAACUUUCAACUGUACCAUUACAUGAAAAAGAUCAAUUACGUUGUGAAAUGAAAUUAAAUAAUGUUUUUAGUGGUUAUUAUGAACCACCUAUUGACUUUAUGCCAACAUAUAAAUUCGAUAUAAAUACCGAUACAUAUGAUACAAGUGAAAAAUUACGUACACCAUCAUGGACAGAUCGUAUAUUAUAUCGUCCAAAACGUUCCAAAGUUCUUAAUGAUAAUCAAACAGAAUUAGAAAGUAUAAAACCAAUCCAUUAUUUAUCCGCAAAUAAUAUUAAAUUUAGUGAUCAUCGUCCAGUUAGUGGUCUCUAUUCAGUUGUUAUUAAAUAUGAAUGUGAUGAAAAACGUUCAAGUCGUAUUCGAGAAGAAUUAAUACGUGAAUUUGAUCGAUUAGAAAAUGAUUCUAUACCUACAAUUGAAGUUGAACCUCGUCCACCCGAAAUCAAAUUUAAUCAUAUACGUUAUUUAGAUAAACCAACAUAUACAUUAAAAAUAAAAAAUAUUGGUGAAUGUUCAUGUUUAUGUUCAAUAUCACCAUCAUCAAUUUCACCAUCAUUUCAAUGUUUAACAUUUACACCCAAUCAACCAUAUACAAUCAAUGUUAAACAAGAACAAUAUGUUAAUAUAAAUUUUAAUGCAAAAUUUAAUGUUCAUUCAAUAAGUGAAAUACUUAUUUUACAUGUUGAAAAUGGUGCUGAUACAUUUAUUACAUUAGAUGUUACAUUUGAUCAUGGUCCAUUUGGUUUAGCAUUAAAUGAAUAUCCAUCAACAUUUUAUGAUCGUGAAAAUAAAAAAUAUAUUUAUACAAUAGAAAAUAAAUUUCAAUCCGAACAUAUUGUUGAAAUGAUUAAUGAUCCACCAAUACUUUAUAUUUCGUUAAUUGAUUGUUUAAAAGAACGUGAUGAUCUUAAUUUAAUAUCGAUAUUUAAUAAUGAUACACAAGAUUCACUUGAUUUAUUACCAUUACGAGAUCAAUUAUAUGAAAAUAAUUUUGAUUUUACAAAUUAUUCAACAGCACAAUUAUUUAUGAUACUUUUACAUCUUUUACAAUCAUUAAGACAACCAUUGAUAUCAUUUGAAAUACAAGAUAAAAUAUUUCGUAAUAGAAAUGAUAAUCUAUCAAAACAAGAUGAUAUGACAAAAGCAAUUAGUAUUAUAGUUGAACAAAUGCAAGGAAAAGAACGAAAUUUAUUUUUUCGUUUACUUUUACUUUUACAAAAAUGUUGGCCAACUAAAGGACAAAUUGAAAAAAUCGAAAAUGAAUCUGGGGAUAUAUUAAAUAUUUGUAUUGAUAUUCUAGCGCUUUCAAUUUUACAUGAACAUCUUGAUAGAAAUCAACGACGUGCUUUUAUUUUAGCUUGUCUUAAUGAAGAAAAUAAAAAUUAG